AUGACGUUUUUGGAAAUGCUCUCUGAAAACAUCACUCCUUCCUAGGCAGUCCUGGGAAGCAAAGUGUACAGGGGGAACUAGAGGAAGUCAGAGAUUUGCUUUUUAAAACAUGCUGUUAGGCUCUGUGUUUUUAUCCCCCCUCCCACCUUACACACAAGCCACAUCUUGAUUGAGGAAAGGUCUCUCUCUAAAGUAAAAGCAGUCAUUUGAUAUAUGAGAAAUCUGGAGGAGUCUGCUAGUCAUUGUAGAGGAAGGGUUGUCCCAGCCUUUGUGCAGAGCCCCAGUGUGCAGACACGCACAGACUCACUCACAGAAAUGGUGCUCCAGACAGCUGUGACUCCAAGCAGGGCCCGCAGACUUUUGUUCAAAAUCCCAUAUGGAUCUCUGAGAAGGAGAAGUGGCGAGAGGAUGACGGAGGGGCGGCGAUGCCAGGUUCAUCUCCUGGAUGAUAGGAAGCUGGAGCUUCUAGUGCAGCCGAAACUGUUGGCCAAGGAGCUUCUUGACCUCGUGGCUUCCCACUUCAAUCUAAAGGAGAAGGAAUAUUUUGGAAUAUCCUUCACUGAUGAAACGGGUCAUUUAAACUGGUUGCAGUUGGAUCGAAGAGUACUUGAACAUGACUUUCCCAAAAAGUCUGGUCCCGUUGUCUUGUACUUUUGUGUCAGGUUUUACAUAGAGAGCAUAUCUUAUCUAAAGGACAAUGCUACAAUUGAAUUAUUCUUCCUUAAUGCAAAAUCCUGUAUAUAUAAGGAAUUGAUAGAUGUUGACAGCGACGUAGUCUUUGAAUUAGCUGCAUACAUUCUGCAGGAGGCAAAAGGAGAUUUUACAAGCGAUGAACUUACCAGAACGGAUUUAAAGAAGUUGCCAGCCCUACCAACACAGGCACUCAAAGAGCACCCUUCACUGGCUUACUGUGAAGACAGAGUUAUAGAACAUUAUAAGAAACUGAAUGGCCAAACAAGAGGACAAGCUAUUGUAAAUUAUAUGAGUAUUGUAGAGUCUCUUCCCACAUACGGAGUACAUUACUAUGCAGUCAAGGACAAGCAGGGAAUCCCUUGGUGGUUAGGACUGAGCUAUAAAGGGAUUUUUCAGUAUGAUCACCAUGAUAAAGUGAAACCACGAAAGAUCUUCCAAUGGCGACAACUGGAGAACCUGUACUUCAGAGAGAAGAAGUUCUCAGUGGAAGUUCAUGACCCUCGCAGGGCGUCUGUUACCAGGAGGACGUUUGGACAUGGUGGGAUUGCCGUUCACACAUGGUAUGCCUGCCCAGCUCUUAUAAAGUCCAUUUGGGCUAUGGCCAUUAGCCAACAUCAAUUCUAUCUAGAUAGGAAGCAAAGCAAGUCCAAAAUACAUGCUGCAAGAAGUUUAAGUGAGAUAGCCAUUGACCUAACAGAAACAGGAACUUUAAAGACCUCAAAACUUGCCAAUAUGGGAAGCAAAGGAAAAAUUAUCAGUGGAAGUAGUGGGAGCUUGUUGUCCUCGGGUUCCCAGGAGUCCGACAGCUCACAGUCUGCCAAGAAAGAUAUGCUGGCUGCACUGAAAUCCAGGCAGGAAGCUCUGGAAGAGACACUACGCCAGCGGCUGGAGGAGCUGAAGAAGCUUUGUCUAAGGGAAGCGGAACUAACUGGUAAAUUGCCUAGAGAAUACCCUUUAGAUCCUGGAGAGGAACCGCCUACUGUACGCAGAAGAAUAGGAACCGCAUUUAAACUGGAUGAGCAGAAGCUACUUGCAAAGGGAGAGGAGGUGGAGCUGGAGCGACUGGAAAGAGAAUUCGCAAUCCAGUCUCAAAUCACGGAGGCAGCUCGGCGCUUGGCCAGUGACCCUCAUGUUGGUAAAAAACUGAAAAAGCAAAGAAAGACCUCCUAUCUUAACGCACUGAAGAAACUGCAGGAGAUCGAAAACUCUAUCAAUGAGUACCGCAUCAAGUCUGGGAAAAAGCCCACUCAGAGAGCAUCUUUGAUUAUAGAUGAGGCAAAUCUUGGUAGCGAAGACAGCUCACUUUCCGAUGCCCUUGUUCUAGAAGAUGAUGCUGAGGAUAUCCUCACACUUGCACUGCAAAGAAAGGUACCUGGAACUAACUGGAGUGUUUCCUGUUCUCCUUGUUCAGAGGAUUCUCAGGCUCCCAGCAUAAUGUCUCCUAUGCAGUCACCCCACAAAGGUCUACCACCAAGACCUCCAUCCCACGGUAGACCUCACCCUCCACAAUCACUGGAUGGACUACGGCAGUUACACUACCAGAGAAAUGACUAUGACAAGUCUCCUAUUAAGCCCAAGAUGUGGAGUGAAUCCUCCUUGGAUGAACCUUAUGAAAAAGUAAAGAAAAGAUCUUCACACAGCCAUUCCAGUAGCCAUAAGAGGUUUCCCAGUACAGGCAGCUGCUCGGAGGCAGGCGGUAGUAAUUCUCUACAGAACAGUCCAAUCCGGACACUCCCCCACUGGAAUUCUCAGUCCAGCAUGCCAUCCACACCAGACCUGCGAAUCCGCAGUCCGCACUAUGUUCAUUCAACCAGGUCUGUGGACAUCAGCCCAACCAGGCUGCACAGCUUAGUACAGCACUUUAGACACCGGAGCUCAAGCUUGGAAUCACAAGGAAAACUUUUAGGAUCUGAGAAUGACACUGGGAGCCCUGAUUUCUAUACUCCAAGGACUCGUAGCAGUAAUGGCUCUGAUCCAAUGGACGACUGUUCCUCUUGUACCAGCCAUUCCAGCUCAGAGCACUACUAUCCAGCCCAAAUGAAUCCUAAUUACUCUACAUUGGCAGAGGACUCUCCCUCUAAGGCCAGGGAGCGUCAGAGACACCGGCACAAGUCUAAUGGAAACCUUGUAUCCUCCAAUUCAGGGAGUAUGCCCAAUCUGGCUGCAAGAAAUGGAACCGGGCACCAUGGUGUCUACCUACAUAGCCAGAGCCAGCCUUCAUCUCAGUACAGGAUCAAAGAGUAUCCUUUGUACAUUGAAGGAAGCUCAACACCAGUGGUUGUGCGCAGCUUGGAAAAUGACCAAGAAGGUCACUACAGCGUUAAAGCACAAUUCAAAACAUCCAACUCCUACACUGCAGGUGGGAUGUACAAAGAAAACUGGCAUGGGGAUGAUUCAGUAGACUCUGUAAGGCUCACUCCAUCUCGCUCUCAGAUUGUAAGGACUCCAUCACUUGGAAAAGAGGGCCAUGAAAAGGGCCCAGCCAGGACUGUGGUGUCUGAUGAGCUGCGGCAGUGGUACCACAGGUCUUCAUCCACUCACAAGGAGCACAACAGACUCUCACAUACUAGUUCCAACUCAUCUGAUAGCAGUUCCCAGUACAGCAUGUCUCAAAGCACCUUUGUGGCACACAGCAGGGUUACAAGAAUGCCUCCGGUGUGUAAAGCAACAACAGCUGCCUUACCUCAUGGUCAGAGGAGUUCAACGCCAUGCAGUGAUCACACAGCCACCCCCCCUAGCAGUCCUCACCAUAUAUUAACCUGGCAGACUGGGAGCUAUGACAGCUGCUACCUUGACUCUGCCCUGUAUCCAGAUUUAGCUGAUGUCCAGUGGUAUGGACAAGAAAAAGCCAAGCCUGGGACUCUCGUAUAAACCGCUUGAUCACAGCAAUGCCAUUUGAAGAUCACCUCACUGCCUCUCAUUUGCCUUACCCAGAUGCACUAUCAUCCCACACCAGCUUCAGCUACAAGCACUUUUCAUUCUGAAACUUACCAGUGAGGGAACCCAGUGGAAACCCGGCCAGACCAUACAUCUAGUAUUGGAGACUUCAUUAUGGACAAACCUGUCCUCCUAUCCGCAUAUACUGAGAAACUGUGAAAGACUUAUACCCUUGUACAGCUGGAGUCAUUUUGUACUAAUUGGGAAUAAAACCAUCACUGCUUAAUCACUAUUAAUAUCAUUGUGCAGAAGUGAAGAUUUUAAUAGCAAAGAUCCAGAAUUAAGGCCAACUUAGCACUAGUAAAAAGUGACUUUUUUUUUUCUUUUUCCUGUGGAAUUGAAAUUUUAAUAUUUUGACAUAAUUUUUUAUUUUCAUUUUUCUAAUGGGCAUAGAAAACAAACAAACAAAACGGACCAGUUUGGGAUGUCUUGGAAAUGUGGUCUGUUUUUAUUCUAACCAAAGAUGAAAUAUACAUUACAUCUUCAAACGUACAGCGUUUCAGUGCUAGAAUGAAGGCAAUUUUUGGGUAUUCUAUCUUUGCGCCACAAGACAGUUAUCAUGUCAGGUUAACAGGACUAAAAUAUCUGGGGGAAACAAACUGUUUGACAUUGACUGGGGAGCUCACUAGUCUAUGCACCUUUUUAAAAUGACCGUAUUUCGGUAUGACCUGUAAUAUCUAAAUGUUAGAAAACUGCUGGUUUACUCUGCAGUGUGAAACCUCCACACUGUGACAAGUUCUCUUAUGUAGGGCUUGUGAUGCAUAGGGCUUCCUAGGCAAAUCAUUAUUUAUCUGUUUGAGGGCUCAAAAAGGAAUCUCAGUACCAAGACUUUUCGUAUGUGUUCAUAUACAAACAUAACUAAAGCACUAAUGUAGAUCAGAGAUAGCUAGCAUUGGAAAUACACAAGUUAUUACCGAUUUAUAUAAAAAAAACUGAUCAUGGGAACUUUGUCCACAUUUUUUAACCAACAGGGCUUUUUUCACAAGAUACUCUCCAGUGAUGUUUGUCCGUACAACAUGUAAAAUCAUAAUGGGUAGAACCUUUUUUCUUUCUUAGACUAGAAAAGAAUGCAAAAAUACAAUCCCUUAUAUACCCUAAUCAGUGGAUUUACUCUGACAGAGAAACACCAUAAACUGGUAUUUAGCUAUACUGAGCAAAUCUACCUUUACGUUUGGUACCCAAAUGGUAGAUGUACACAGAAGUAAAUAUGCUUUUUUUUUUUUUUCUGCUCAAGUCUCUGGUAUAUAAUGAGCUUUUUUCUUUUUUUUUUUUAAACCAAGUAGGACGUUUCAUUCCAAGAAUAUAAUACUAUUAUUUCCUAUGUUUGACAGACCUUGUACAUCUUCAAUACUUUAGUAAAAGCUUUAGGUCACCAAGUACCUGGAAAGCUGUGUUUCACAAGAGAGAACAAGCGCUAACCUCAACAAACGGUACUAACUUGUAAUAUAUUAAAGGCCCAGUUGAAAGUUUUAAAAAUGCUAUUAAUUUUAACACUAACCAGUUUUGUAAAGGUUUCCAAACUGGUAUUUUUGUAUGCCCCAUGUAUAUUAAGCCAGUUGUAUAGAACAGAAAGCACUGUAUAAAAUUACCACAUUACUAGUGUCCUUGCGAUACAUCCAUGACUUCUCUCCCACCAGCAAAUGCUUGAUCUUCUAAACUACAAAUCCUGAGUAGGCGAUGGCAGCUGGGCAUGUUAAGUAGGAAUCCAGAUUUUUUUUUUUUUUGUGGAAAUUAUACUAGAAUACAAAUUACGUGUUCUCCGAAAUUCAAAAAAGGAAUAAUUUUUACUCCUGUGCAUUGUAGUAGCAGGCUUGUAAUACAUCACGAUAGAUUUAUUUAACAAAUGGGUGACCUAUCCCCUUAACUAAUAUCACGAUGUAGCUCAGGUGCGUGAAUCUAAAAUAAGCACAAGUUGGUUCAGCAGGUAGAUCUCGGAGUCUAAGUUUCAAAUCUAAAGGAAAGCAGUGAAAGAAACUAGCUGUAUCGGCUGGUGUCCACGUACCCUUGUGAUCUGGUUGGGUGUCCAUUUGAAUCUAUUCCUGAAAUCUCUCUGUGUACAACCUUUAUAGGAUAGCCCCAUAGUGGUACAGCUGCAUAGUCAUAGGUUUAAAAUGCUUGGCUUUGUGUUUAUAAAAAACACAUGCUUCCCUGUGGCUAUCUAAAUUCUUCGAGCUUUUCCAGGUGAGAUUGGUGAUAUUACACUCUCAAAUAAAUCACGUUUAGUAAAAUACAUUUUAUAUCAAUAAGAAUUCUUAAUCUAGCAAAAAUGAUUUGUGUAUUCUCAACAUGCAUAGCCCAGAAUGUACCUGAAAACUAGCCAUUACCUCCUGGUUACAUCAUUUAGUACUUUUUAACUAUACUCUGUCCAGUUGGGAUGGAGAGGUGUUC